CGCGGCUGCGGCUGCGGCUGAUGGUCGAGGCCAUCGCCGGUGUGCGCGGCGGCGCCGGCGGCGGCGUCCUGCUGUCGACCAUCAGCGAGCUGGUUGACGACGGCGACCCGUUCACCCAGGCGUUUGCUCGCCGGCUACUGCGCACGGCAUCGGCGCCGUUCACGGCCAUCCUCGUGCGCUGGGUGACCACCGGCGAGCUGCAAGACCCAUAUGCCGAGUUUUUCGUGCGCGAGAGCGCCGAGCCACGCGCCUGGGCCAAGCGCUUCCGCGUCGUCCGCGACAUGAUCCCGGUGCACUACGACCGCGUGCUGACGCGCAAGAUCUUCCAAGUUGGUCGCUCCCUGGCUUUCCUCCGCGGGUCCUGCGCGGACGCCGACUGGGUGCGCUCAGAUGCCCCGCAGCCCACCGCCGAGGAGGCUGAUGACCCGCGCCGCCUCGAGGCCUUUGUUUACCGCGCGGCUGGCGUUGUUAAUGCGCGGCUGAUGCUUGUGUUGCGCGACCGCUUUGGGCUUGCUCGCCAUGUGGCGGCUAUACGGCGGCUGCUGAUGUUCGAACAGGGCGAUUUUGCGCUGGCGCUGCUUGAGGUGCUCGACCGCCAUAUUGCGCGUGCGCCGCGCCAGAUCAUGGCCCACGACUUGUCUGCUGCGCUGGACAGCGCCGUGCGCUCAUCGAAUGCGCAGUUCGAGCCACCAGAGCACCUGGCCUCGCUGGUGCUCGCCCUGGAUGACCCCCAGGCCGAUGCCUUGGCUGAGGGCAGCUCUGUGCUUGAGUCCUGGGAGAACGUAUCCUUGAGGUACUCGCUGGACGACCCGCUCACCCACGUUAUUGACGCAGAGACGCUGGGUCGGUACGCAGAGAUCAGCCGCUUUUUGCUCAAGCUCAAGCGCAUUGACUAUGCGCUCAGCGCAGUGUGGCGCCAGCAAAUGACCGAGGCGCGGUCGCUGCAGCGCUCGGCCGAGCUGCACCGCCGCAAGGACACCCAUGUCUCGGCGGCACCAGCAGCUGAGGUCGCCGACGUCGUCCACCGGGCGGUACGCGAAAGCACCAUAGCCUUGUCCGAGAUGAUCCAGUUCUUCCACCAAGUGCAGCGGUACAUUUCCCUCAACGUCAUCGAAGGCGCCUGGGCGCACUUCCUCGCAUCCACACAAGCUGAUGACAUUGAUGUCGACGGGUGGAACGACGCUCAUGACUUGUACGUGCGCACCAUUCACGGGGUUGUCUGCGGUAGCGCUGGGCUUGGGUUCCAGCGCCAGUUGGAGUCCAUUAUUGCCACGGCCUUCCAGUUUGUUUCGGUGGUGAAGGAGCUGCAUGGGGAGCGCACCCUGGCGAGUCGCGCCAAUGCUGGCGUUCCGCCCGUGGUGGAUAAACGCAUGUCUGUGGAGGACCGUUUGAUUAUGAUUAGAGGUGGGCAUAAGGGAACAAUUGCACAUGGGGAGGUGUUUCGGGAGCAUGCCUCGAGGGUUAGUACUGUGGUCGCAAGGUUUAGAACACAGGUGCGCGAUUUGAUUCGCGUGUUGUCGCAUAAUACCAGUGAUUUGCAGUUUUUGGUUGUUACUAUUGACUUUAACGGUGCGUAUGCUGCCUCAAAGACUUGAUAAUAAUAUCAAACUCAAAUACAUCUUG